GAUAUAUAUCGCGAGGACUAACAUAGGCAACAAGAGCCUUCUGUCCUUAUAAUCUGAAUCUGGUUUUGAAAGUUUUUACCACUAGGUCAGUUCAUUCACUCACUUCAUUGUAAAAACGAUAUUGGAUAUUGGAUAUCAAGUGUGCAAUGUGGCGGACCUAAUUGUAGACUAAGUUGUUGAUUGUAUAUCCUGCUCGAAUGCAAAAUAAUGUGGAAAAUUUCUGAAUCUAGUUCAGUUUGCAAGGAGAUUCUGUAAGUCCUGCUUCCAGUUGUUAUAAUACUCUGGUGGAUUAUAAGGUUGCACCCGCUGGAAUUAAAACCACUGACCUGUUGUUAACAUUUUUCUCAUGUCGGAUGCUGAUACCGCGUCGUUGCUCAAGUUGACUGAAAAUGUACUUCAGGAUUAUCGAAGCCUUAUUUCAGAGACAAAGAGGCGAUUUGUCCCCAUUAAAGAAGCUGCGGAGUUGCAAAUUCCAAAACUAAGAGCGAUCGUAAAUAGUGAUUCUGAUCUCCGAGAAAGUCUCAAAGCAUCAUGCGGCUCUCUGAUAUCACCCUUCUUAAGUGGUUGUCUUUCAAAAAAUCAGAAAGUAAUAGUACUGUGUAUGACAGCUCUGCAGCGUUUCAUAAACCAAAAGUGUUUGUCAGAGGAUGCUGCUCAAUCCAUCAUUGAUACGCUCUGGCAACUGACAGAGUCAAAUCUGGAAGAACUGCGUCUAUUGCAAACCACGAUACUACUCCUCACAAGCUCACCCUUGGUUCGAGAUUCCCUACUUGCCAAGGCUUUUACUAUUUGUUUAAAACUGCAUCUUUCGAAGACACCAGCUACUGUAAACACGGCCGCAGCAGCUGUACGCCAAUGUGCUGGCACUAUUUUUGACCGUGUAAUUAAAGAUGAGCUGGUUGUGCAACCUGUGGACUCUACUAAAGAAAGAACACCUUCUACAGUUGAUGAUGUACUCCUUGUCAAUCCUAAAGAAUUGAAGCCAUCUGAAAGAGAUGCAUAUAUGCUAUUUCAGGAUAUUUGCUUACUGAUGAGCGAUGAUUCAUGCGUUUGGUUGCGUGGUCCAAUACAACUAAACAAGGUUUUAGGCUUGGAGUUAAUAGAAUCUCUCAUUUUCUCAUAUCCUAGUUUAUUCUGUCAACACCCAGCAUUUGCAUAUUUGUUGAAGACAAAUUUAUGUCCCCUGGUGAUUAAAUUAUUUUCCCCCAGUUUGAAAUUACAUUCAACGCCUUUAGCUGCAUCCAGUAGCGGUGGUGGCGGCGGGAUAGCAGAUGUUGCCUCAGCUGCAUUUGCUGCUGCAUCAGCAGCACUGUCCAGUGUCAGCGGCGUGGCGUCAUCCUCUGGAAUUUCGAAUGACUUGAUGAUAAAUGGUGAAAAACCGAAUUUUGCACUAUUUGUUCGUUUAAAACGUUUGAUUAUCGUCAUUGUCAACCAUUAUUUUCAUCUAUUAAAUACAGAAUGUGAAAUCUACCUGUCAUUACUUAUACGCUUUUUGGAUGUGAAUAAACUAUUAUGGCAGCGUGCAUUGGCACUGGAAGUAUUGUAUAAAAUUGUAGAGCAACCUGAAUUGGUUAAACAUAUUUGCAUUUCAUAUGAUAUGAGGCAGCAUGCAACAAAGAUAUUUCACGAAUUAUUAAAUGCUUUUGGACAGUAUAUACAAACAUCUCUGGCAAAUCCUGGCCCUGGGGAUGAAUUAUCUAAAGAUAACAACAGUCAAGCACCAAAUCAACUUAUUCACGCUGGAGGCAUAAAUCAAUCCAUGCUAUACUAUAAAGGCAGCUAUUUUCCUAUAAAUUUACAAUCUAAAGGAAUGCUACUUGAAAUGCUUGAUCGUAGUGAACCACCUGUAUUGGCUGAUGGUUAUUGUCUUUCGCUAGCUGUUGUCUGCCUUCGUAAAACAGUGGAAUCAUUAAGAGUGAUUGUAAAUGCUAAUUUGGCUGCAAUCUCUAAUAUUGAAAAUAACAAUAAUGACAAUAAUAAUAAUGAUAGCGCCACCAAUGAUGAUAUAUUAAUAAAACCGGAUAUUGUUAUCUGUGAACAAAUUGUUUCUAACUCAUGGUGUGGACUAUUGUCUUCGUUUAAUUUAUUACUGGAAUCAAGCGCUGAUCACCAAAUCACUGGAUGCUUUCUUCAAUCCUUACAAAUUAUGGUUGAAUUAUGUGGAAAACUGCAUCUUAAUGAAGCUCGAGAUGCUUUCACGAUAACUUUGUGUAGAUCUGCACUACCGACAUGUUUUGCCCGGUCUUUAUUGGCAUCCGAUUCGAAAGGGGGUCAGUCUGUAAUGUCUCAAUUGUCUUCAGCUUCUGGUAGCGUAAAUAUUCACGAGGAUAUAUUCGAUCGUAGUCCAGUAGUUUUAAUGGUAUCUCAGGGUCCUGGUCAUACAACUCAUAUAAGUCCUCCAACAAAUCUACCUCCUAACUCUCAAAAUUCAUCGAACCAAACUGCAUCCAGUGGACAUGUACAAAUAGGAUCAACUCCAUCUGGAAAUACUGACUCGUUAUCAUCAAACGGGAAUAUACUGCUUACUGCUAAACAUCUACAAGCUGCACAUGCUGUUUUAGCCACAGCUAGCGCACAUGGCGAUGUACUCGAGUCAUCAUGGAGUAUAAUUUUAAUCACAAUGCAGCAUUUAGUUUGGAUGUUGAGCUUGAAAAUUGAACCGUCAGCCAAGUUAUUUUUUAAAGCAGUCCAUGACUCGGGGACAACUGGUAGUACACCAUCAGAAAGUGUUGUUAAUUUAACAAAUACAAUCAAUGAGAAGAAUACACCACCAACAACAACAACUAGCACUGCUGGUGGUGGACAUGGACAACAGACUUCAGUGUCAACUCAUGCAUCAAUUUCAUCUGAAUUAACCUUGUUAUCAUCAAUGUUGACACAAAUUUUUAUUCAAUCAAGUCAUUUGAGUGUGAACGCUUUACACAGUCUCAUCUCAGCCCUUUGCCGUUUAUCAUCGGAUACACUAGAAGCAGUGAAAAAUAACCGAGAACCAAGUGAAUUCCCUAUUGCAAAAUUAACUGAAAUUGGAUUGGUUAAUGUCCAUCGAUUAGAUUUAUGGUGGCAGAUUAUAUCAUGUCAACUUUUAACGUCUACAGUGUUAAUUCCACUCUCACCUUUAGUCUUGACAGCAGCAGCAGCUAAGCAGUAUUACAAUAUAAUGUUUAUUAUAGCUUAA